GUUUCUUCUCCAUUGUUCCCAAAUUUGACCCAAUCCUCAGAGAUCUUUGUUCUUGAUUCGCGAUUUCCUUUGAAUUUCCCCAGCAUGUCUUCGAAGUCCAUCAACCCUAAGCAAUGGCGGCCCAAUUCUUCCACUAUCAAAGAAUUGGAGCUCACUCUCAUGCUCGAUCUUUUCGGUGACCCAUUUAGGGACCAUCAUUCGGACGCCGUGGGCGUCGUGAGCCAAAUCUCGAACCUCGAACCGCAUUGCUUCCUUGUGAUGCACUGCGAUUCACUCCUAGCUGGAUUUAGAUAACCACUCCAUCCUUCCAUCCAAUGGAUCCACACUACCUGACACGUUCCCCCCGACAAUUCACCGCAAACACCCACAAGUACUUGGCUUCAUACAUUCUUUGCUGCCAUGGUCACCAAAGAACUCCUUCCAUAGACGACGAUUUCCUCAUGUUGAGUAUCGGAGGCCCAUUUCCUUACUUCAGCAUUUACCCUAAAAAACAAUGGCCCAUCUUCACGAACAUGGAGGAGAAGAUUGAGAAAUGGGCCAAAAGAUACUUUGUCAUCAAAUUCCCAGAGCAUAGCCCCCUGGACCUUCCCUUUGAAGUGCUUCGCUCUAGUCUAUCCCGGACUCCUUUCUCCAAAUCGUCUCUUGAUCAAAAGCCCUUCAACGAGAUGAAGGGAGAUACAUCAGUGAUAGAUCAUGAAGAUGUUCACACGGCCAGCCUGUUUCGUUUGGCUAGUUUCCACUUUCCCAGGGAUGACCCCGUUAUACCCCAUUUUAAGGGGAAGCAGAUAGUCGCUGCUAGUGUGACUACAAAGGGUUCCCAAAACACCUAUCCUACGGCAAAGCGGAUAGAGAAAGGUCCUUCAGUUCCUAAAGCUUUGGAAACCACAAUUCCUAAAACCCCUGGAAUUCCUGAAGCUUUCGUAACCCCCCUAGCGGGUGAAGUCUCUUUUCAGGCUGCCACUAUUAAUCCUACUGGUCUGGUUCUUAAGAGACUUACUGGUACAAAAAAGCAUAGCAGUUUGACCCUCUCAUCUUCCUGCAACAGAAAAGGACCUGGGAUACUGUCCCCGGGAUCGCUCCCUCAAAGGAAAAGGUCAAACCACAUCCCCCUAGACGAUGCACAGUCCAAGAAUCCGCUUGAUGCCGAAUUAGGUCCUUCCCCUUCAGGUGUCAAAUUACCCGACUCUGACCAGGUACAAAAAGGUGUGGUGGCCACUGCAAACCCUCCUGAGCCAUUCCUAGGUUUCCCGGGGCAUCCUCGCCCCGCAGGGGAUGUGGUCUUUGAUGAGCUCCCCCUAAGCAUGCGCUUCGAUGCUUGGGAGAAAAGGGAGCCCUGGCAUCUUCCACAAUUCCAUCAUACCAAGGGCUUGCCUCAUCUUCCCAGGUCAACCUCCAUCUGGUGACAAAACACAAGUUCACGCCUUAGACCCUGGCGCAAUUAAAACAGAGUUGGGGUU